AUGAAGGAGAGACGAUCAGAGGACCAGAAACCUCACAGACCUGAAGUAAAUCAAAGCGCCAUCGCCUGUGUCUGUUCGCUGGGAGACAAUGUGGUGCUGAAGUACACUGUGUCACCGCCAACAGCGCCAACCGCUUUCCCACCUCCGCUGUCCACCUCCGCUGUUGGCGGUGGAUCUCUGACAGAUCCACCGCCAACAGCAGACCACAUUUACAUAAUGUGGUCUGUUGUGGCCAAUAGCAGGUUCAGGGGUGGAUCUCUGUCAGAGAUCCACCUCCGCUGUUGGCGGAGACACAGUAACAAACGCUGCUCAACAACUAAAUCUAAGUGUGUUUCUGAUGCAGGUCUGAGUCUCUCACUAACAUGGUCUUUACCUGAUGUUGCAGAUACUGAGGUGUCCUGUGUUUUUAUGGAGAGAUGCAUCUUACCGUGCAGCUUCCAGGCCGGUCCUCGAGUCGUCAUCUACUGGGCUCAUAUGAAAAGACUUCAUGUCCACUCGUACUACAACAACCAAGACCAGCUUGGAUAUCAGGACCAGAUCUACAGAAACAGGACGUCACUGUUCAAGGACCAGAUCUCCAGAGGAAACGCCUCACUGCAGCUGACAGGAGUGAAGGUUCAGGAUGAAGGAAGAUACCAAUGUUACACCAGCACCAACAAUGGAACCAAGGAUUCAGUUAUUAACCUAAAAAUUGAUGCUCCAGUCCAUGAAGUGAACAUCCAGCAGGUAGAAAACAGGAUGAGCUGCAGCUCAGAGGGGAUCUACCCUCAACCUGAGCUCACCUGGUCCACCACACCUCCAUCCAACAUCAACCUCCACAACACAACCACAGUCCAGCAGAAUGAAGAGCAGCUUUACAGCAUCAGUAGUUCUCUGAUCCUCUCACACAGUCACACUGAUCUGGUCUACAGCUGCACCGUCACAACUCCAACAAACAACAUGACGGCCUCUCUGUCUAGAACAAGGAAAUCAGUCAAUGGAGGAGGAUUCAUAGGUUUAGUGAUUGGAGCUGUUCUGGUUUCAGCAGCAGUCGGUCUGUUUCUGUUCUAUAAAAAGAAAAAAGGUCAACAAGAAAACAACACAAGAAGAACAGACAGUGAUGAAACCAUGGACCUGCAGGAGAAACGUCUUCCUCAGGAUUCAAAAUAUUUGUGUCCUUGAAACAAUAUGAAGGAAAGAAAAAACACUUAUUAAAAAA